AACGAGUAAGACUCUCAGGUGGUUUUUUUUUUUUUGCCUUCACACUCUCUACUAUCCAUAUAACCGUGAUGGCACCAAAGAAGAAGAAGACAAAACCAACUGCUAAUCCGGCUCGGGGAUUUGCUACUACAUCAAUCGCCUCGAAACCGCGAGCUGAAAUACCCAACGAGCCGGUUCCAACCGCUACAGAAGGAGGAAAGCUCGAUUCCAAUGCCCCUCCAACUUCGUCAUCUCACGAUCCCAAAAAUGCCCCACCAUCCAAUCCUAACUCCGAUAUUACAACCACUACAUCACAGCAGAAACAAACAUUAAGUCCAGAGGAAUUCGAGAGGCAGUUGGAGGAAUCAGAGCUACAGCUCCUGGUAGAAAAACACGCCCAGAAAGUGAAGAGGGAUGUCCAACGACAGAAGUCUAGACUCGAGACCGAUCGUCGACUACUUCGUGGACAAGCAGAAUCGUUGAAUACGAGAAAAUGGCUACCUCAAGAGCUCAUGGAUCAUAUCAUGGAUAUGAUUCAAGCUGAAAGCCGCUAUGGCGCAUCGUCUCUAACAGGAGAUAGCACGAGUAGUAACGGCAAAUUACCUCCAGAAGAAGAUUUGGUAAUUAAGUUAUGGACCCUGCAGCAGACCCUGGCAGGUGUCGGUUUUUCCGAAGAUAGGGUUAAGGCUGUGAUACAGUAUGUCCUCGAUAUUGCCUCGCGUGUCAAUAGCUCUGUCAAGGAAACCAUAUGGGGUCUAGAAGAAGCCUUGGAUUGGCUGGCACGCGAAUGCACGAGAGAGGAACUGCGUGAUUACGAUUACAGAGGCGGCACCUCGAAGUCACAGGCUGAUACACCGGUGGACAGCCCUCUGGCUUCAGGUGCCAAUACUCCACGUCUCUUAGAAGUUAAUAGUUUACAAAAGCCAAAGAAUGGGUCUACGAAUCUUAAAGCGUCUGCUUCGAAGAAAGUUGCUAUUAUUUGUCACGACGAAAUUGAGCCUGAUGAUUUAAUCCCAGCUUAUCUUGAUACCAAGGCCAAAUUGUUCGAAAUUCAGCGACCCCAGCAGGAUAGCAAAAGGGGGAAACCGGCCAAAUAUCGUGCCCCAAACGGGGCGAAACACGUUGUUUCGGAGCUAUCAGGCGACGACUUAGAAGAGGCAAAACUUCUUGCUAAGAUCGAGAAGAUUGAACAGGAUGUACUUUUUGAUAAAAUUGCUGCCGAGCAAACAUGGAGGGCCAAUCGAAUAGAGUUAGAGAAGAAAUUCGCAGCCAAGAAAAAAGCUGAGGCUCAAGCUAAAGAAGAGGCAGCUCAAGAAGCCCAAUCUGACGAUGAUGAAGUCACUAAAGAGGCCGAACGAAUUGCUGCAGAGAUCCUACAACAGGAUGAUGCCGACGAUGAUCAAGCUUUGUCCGAUCUUUUUGCAAGUCUUCCCGUCCAAGAGGUCGAUGCUGUAACAGGUAAGACAACCAAUGUCAUCAACGAAGCUAAUGGGAUAAAAAUCACCAUUCGCGACUUUGGUAAAUGGACAGGUAUUAGUCCAGUACGAGCUCUCGAAGAAGCUUGUCGAUCAAGAGACUCUUCUGUCAAGGUAGUGUACCAACUAGUGUCUGAGAAUCCAUAUUCUCACCGUCACUUAGUCUCCAUUCAAUGGUCUAAGCCCCAGGAGCUCAUACCGGUUCCCAAUAUUCGAUUCAUCGACAGCGUCAUAACACCUCAGCAAUUUCUUUUCCAGAUGACCUCAAUCGCAACUCCUGACUCUAGACAGUCUGAAGCCUAUGUCGCUACUUUGGCUCUGUUUGUUGUGUUCGGAUCCACGAAAGAGGAGAAGGUUUUCAUGAGGUUACCACAGGUGUGGAGGGAGUUUUGGUCCGAGCUUUUAGAGGAAAAGAAGAAUCAGGCCGACGCAGCGGAUCGAAUAUCGAUCAAAGAUCUCCGAACAUUGGUUCGGCGAAAGCAGGACCAAGAUCUGGAGGAUGGCGUCCUGCUCCAGGGCGCUUUUAGAGGGCGUGGCUCUCAGCGUAGCGCCAAUGAGACUGGCGACGAUUCCAUCCUGGAAAGAGGGGUCACAAGUAUACUGGGACCAGAAUAUUACCAGAGGAUAUGGGCUGAGAAGUCGAGUACACCGAGGUUCCAAGCCAUGCUACAAUUUCGAUCACAGCUCCCAAUGUGGCAAUUUAGAGAUCGGGUACUACACGCUGUCGAAAACGAGCAAAUCGUCAUCAUCUGCGGAGAGACGGGAUGCGGCAAGAGCACACAGGUACCGUCGUUUCUGUUAGAACAUCAAUUAUCCAUGGGCCGAUCGUGCAAGAUAUAUUGCACAGAACCACGUCGUAUUUCUGCAAUUUCCCUUGCCCGUCGUGUCAGCGAGGAACUCGGUGAGGGAAGAGGCGAUCUCGGUACCUCGAGAUCCCUCGUAGGUUAUUCCAUCCGUCUCGAGGCCAACACAUCGAAAGAAACACGGCUUGUUUAUGCUACCACGGGUAUCGUAAUGAGAAUGCUCGAGGGCUCAAACGAACUUCGCGAAAUAACCCAUCUUGUACUCGAUGAAGUUCACGAACGUUCAAUCGACUCUGAUUUCUUACUUAUCGUGCUCAAGAAGCUGCUUCUGCGCAGAAAAGAUCUCAAGGUAAUACUAAUGUCAGCGACCGUCGACGCAGAGAGAUUCUCCAACUACUUAGGACGUGCCCCUGUCCUUACGGUCCCCGGCCGGACGUUUCCAGUACAAGAUAAAUUUCUGGAGGAUGCUCUUGAGAUUACCGGCUACGUUCCUAGUCAACUCAGUCAAGAAAAGAUGACAGACUUGGACGAUGACCCAGCAGAAACCGAUGCUGUUGAUUCGAGCUCGGGUGCUGCCGCUAUUAAAGAAUUGAAGCAAUACUCUCCUAGAACUCGGAAUACAAUUUCCCAAAUCGACGAAUACCAAAUCGAUUUUGAGCUCAUUGUACAGCUAAUUAUCCGAAUCUCCACCGAUCCGGAUUAUGUGAACUACAGCAAGGCGAUCUUAGUAUUCCUUCCGGGUAUUGCUGAGAUCAGAACCCUAAAUGAUGCCUUACUCGGAGAACCCUUUUUCCAGUUCGCCUGGGAGAUAUUCCCUCUGCAUUCCACUAUUGCUACUGAGGAUCAGGAGCGAGCUUUCCUAAUACCACCGGAAGGGGUAAGAAAGAUUGUAUUGGCCACAAAUAUUGCAGAGACAGGUAUAACUAUUCCAGAUGUAACAUGCGUCAUCGAUACCGGCAAACAUCGUGAGAUGAGGUUUGACGAGAGGAGACAGCUGUCACGUCUAAUCGACACCUUCAUCUCAAAAGCGAAUGCCAAACAAAGGCGUGGCCGAGCAGGGCGUGUUCAGGAGGGCCUUUGUUUUCACCUAUUUACCAAGUAUCGCCAUGAUCAUCUGAUGAGCGAUCAGCAGACACCUGAGAUGCUACGGCUCUCAUUGCAAGACUUGGCAAUCCGCGUCAAGAUCUGCAAGAUUGGUGGGAUCGAAGAGACUUUAGGAGAAGCUUUAGAUGCACCGUCUGCGAAGAACAUUCGCCGAGCCAUUGAUGCCCUCGUCGACGUACGAGCUCUUACGAAUACGGAAGAACUCACACCCUUAGGUCACCAAUUGGCAAGACUGCCUCUUGACGUAUUUCUUGGCAAGCUUAUUCUUCAAGGCACAAUUUUCAAGUGCCUCGACAUGGCUAUAACUGUAGCAGCUAUUCUAUCCUCAAAGUCGCCAUUUACGGCACCGUUUGGCCAACGGACUCAGGCAGAUCAGGCUCGUAAAGCUUUCAGGAGAGGUGAUUCUGAUCUACUAACCGUAUAUAACGCUUACCUUGGUUGGAAGAAAGUGUGUCAUACUUCCAAUAACGAUUUUACAUACUGCAAAAGAAAUUUUCUAUCCUCGCAGACAUUGUCCAAUAUCGAAGACCUAAAAGGCCAGUUAUUAGUUGCUCUUGCAGACUCAGGUUUCCUACAGCUUACAGACGAGGAGCGCCGUACACUUAAUCGCUUACGAUACUCCAAUCGAAGACGCCAGUUCUACGAACUCCCCCAGCGUGUCAACGUCAACAGCGACAACGACACCAUCGCAGUGUCGGUGAUCUCGUGGAGUUUCUACCCGAAGCUCCUAGUGCGCGAGGGCAAGGGAUUCCGCAACGUCGGCAACAACCAGAGCAUUAGCUUGCAUCCAUCAAGUGUCAACAAGGGGCGUAUGGAGCUGAAAUGGCUUUCAUAUUACCACAUUAUGCAGUCCAAACAGUUCCUUAAUGCCCACGAGACUACGGCUGUCGAGAACUUCGCCAUCGCCCUGCUAUGCGGCGAUGUACGUAUCGACAUGUACGCAGGCGUCAUAGUACUCGACGGCAAUCGCGCACGCUUCUGCGUGCCCGACUGGAAGACGCUUCUCGUGAUCAAGGCACUCCGGACGCGCCUGCGCGACCUCAUGACGCGCUCGUUCCGCAUGCCCGGCAAGCUACUCACAGCACAGCAGGAGAAGUGGCUCGAUGCCUGGCAGCGUGUCUUUAGCCAGGACUUCGGUAACAAGGCCUAGGACGGUGGAGAUGCUGCGGUUGGGAUAGUGAAACCUAAGUCUUGUGGACGUAAAUGUAAGCGGGGAUGUGGAUAAUGGACAGGUACUGUUCUAUCGUAUCGUCAUGUCAUUUCUUGGCACGGAUUGCCAGGACGCCGGAGGUCGAUUAAAAAGUCCGUCUUCGGGACGGACAAAACCACCCGUUUCCCCUAUUUUCCCCUACGCGAGGAUUCAUAGAGUAGGAAGCUGAUAUUAUUGACUCGAUGCAUAGCUCGGUUGACUAGCUGACAACCAGAUAUGCUUGCACAUAGAUACCUACUAGGUACCUAGGUAGGUAGGUAGGCUUGCUUUAUUUAUAAUGAGCAGUCAGGUAAUGAAGCCACUAUGGACUAGACAAAUCAGCAGAUGAAACCAUG